AUGCAUAAAUUAUGGCAAGACCAAGCAAAGGUCGCACAAAGCCAUCAAGUGCUAGUUGAUUCUACCUUCAAUAUCGCUCUAGAGGAGCUUGUGGCCAAGAUUCCUACACCAGACCCUGAGUCAACCGCCAUGACGAGCGAUGAGCUGCAAAGUCUUUUUGACAGUGGCAUAACCGGAGUCAACGAUCGAUCGAGGAGCUUUGGCCAGCCCCCCACCAGCGUGCUGAACAAAAUGCGGGAGAAUAUGGCUGAAGAGCAUUCCAGCAACGAGCAGCCCGAUGAAGAAUUUCUAGAAGAUCUUCGGGAUGAUAUCGCCAAAUGGGAAAUCAAGGAUGAGGUUGACGAGUCGGGGGAGAUUCCUUCUGAUGCUGAUAUCACGUCACAGGCGGGCAAGCCGAAUGAUGCCAUGUCUCCCAAAAACAAUGUACCCGUCAAUGCAAAGAAGGGCAGCCGUCGUAAACGAUAG